AUGUGCCACAGAGCAUUUGGUCGUGAAACCUUGUACUGCCGCCGUUGGAUCAUAGUGCAUUGGCGGAUGACAGUUCCCAAGGGAUCGACAUGGUGGAUAGAGGAAAUAACUCAUUGUUACUGUAUCUGCAAGCCCAACUGUCGCAAAUGGCCACUUGAUCCAGAUGACGACCAGGAGAGGCAAAUUCAUGCAACAACUGGACAUUUGGUACCUUACGAGGUCUCCCUGGUUUGCCAGUGUUUAUUAUUGUUGAUUCAAUGUGUGAGCCACAGUUGGCUCUCCAAAGGCAUAGUGAGUUUUGGUUUGAAGAUGGAAAUAUUGUCUUUCAUGCUGGCAAUACCUUAUUUUGUGUACAUCAUGGUACUUGUUCGCCACUCUCCAGCUUUGGAAGAAAUUUUGGCUAUCCCAUCAGAUUAUGAUACCGAUGGUACAGAGCAACUUCCAAUCGUCCUGCAGCAGAUCUCUGAGCAGGAAUUCACACAUUUUCUCAACUGGGUGUACCACAUUUCAGUCCCUCCUCCACCUGAGGAGCAAUUCCUAGUCGCUAUCCUCAAGAUUUCGCACCUAUGGAUGAUAAGAAACAGCAUCAAGUUUGCUAUUGAUGGACUGGAAAACCUCACUCUGCACUCUACCCGACGACUAGAGCUUGCUCGCUGCUCAGCUCGCUCACAUAGCCAGUGUAAGGAGGCAUGGUCAGGAUUCUGGUGGAAGAAAGUGGCUCGUGCAAUUCUCCAUCCAACAAACCCACUUCCACUGACACAGACUCUCCAACUCAUCCUUGAGGCUCCAUUGCCUAAUGACAUGAAUGCUGCAUGCAGACAAGCUACGGUUGAUGCGAUGAUAGAGUUAGAUGGACUUGAGGUUGAGGAGAGGAUUAUUGAGGGGGUUAUACGGGCAGUCACUUUGUAUUUCAGCUCUCUCUAA